AAAUGGCCAGAUGAAGGUUGGGACGAUGCCACCAUAGAACUGCUGUUGAAUGAGCUAGCACUGAUGGACAGCAACAAUUUUCCAAGCAAUUGUGGAGUCGGUGAACGAGAGGCAAGGAUCGCAUCAAACCUAGUACGACGAAGACAUUACAGGUUUGGACAUGGUAUAGGCAGGUCAGGAGAUUUAGUUGCAGUGCAGCCAAAGGCAGCAGGCUCAAGCAUUCUAAUGAAACUCACAAAUUCACUCCUGCUUGAGGUUCUGAGAAAAACAGGAGUGACGUCAACUGCUGCCUGCUUUGUUGUACCCAUGGCAACGGGGAUGACAAUGACGUUGUGUCUGCUCACUAUAAGGCAGUCGCGGCCACACGCGAAAUAUGUGAUUUGGUCCCGAAUCGACCAGAAGUCGUGCUUCAAGUGCAUUGCGACGGCAGGGUACACAGCGGUUGUCAUCGAGAAUCGUCGUGAGGGGGAUGAGCUGCGCACGAAUGUUGAGGCAAUGGCAGAGAAGCUGCUGGAGCUGGGAGCAGAGAACGUCGCCUGUGUGCUGUCGACAACUAGUUGCUUCGCGCCGCGCGUACCGGACAGGCUCGUGGAGAUCGCCGAGCUGUGUAAGAGCAACGAUGUGCCACACAUCGUCAACAACGCGUACGGCGUGCAGGCCAGCAAGUGCAUGCACCUGAUACAGCAGGCGCAGCGGCGGGGCCGCGUCGACGUGUACGUACAGAGCCUCGACAAGAACUUCCUCGUGCCGGUAGGGGGCGCUGUCGUCGCCGGCUUCGACAAGGAGUUUGUCGAGCAGAUCGGAAAAACGUAUCCAGGUAGGGCUUCGGCGACUCCAUCGCUUGACGUCUUCAUCACGCUGCUGUCGCUCGGUUGCCAUGGUUACCUGAGGCUGCUGGCUGACAGGAAGCAGCUGUGCGCGUACCUGAAGGAGGAGCUGGCCAAGUGCGCGGGGACGCACGGGGAGAGGCUGCUGCACGCGCCGCACAACUCCAUCUCCAUGGGAAUGACUGUUACUGGUACUGGGGAUGGCCAAUUUCAAAAAAAUCUCACUAAGCUUGGAUCGAUGCUGUUCACGCGGUUUGUGUCAGGAACGCGAGUCGUCCCAGAGGGAGAUGUCAAAGUUAUCAACGGUCACAGGUUUGAAGGUUGGGGCUCGCACACGGACGCGUACGGCUGCGCGUACAUGACAGCAGCAGCCGCCGUCGGAAUGACGCGCAGCGACGUGGACAUGUUCAUCAGACGCCUCGAUAAGGUGCUCACAAAGUGGAAGGCCGGGGAUGUUGGGAAGGCUGGGGAUGCUGGGAAGGCAGAGGAUGCUGAGAAGGCAGAGGAUGCUUGGAAUGCCGGGGAUGCUUGGAAGGCCGGGGAUGCUUGGAAGGCCGGGGAUGCUUGGAAGGCAGAGGAUGCUUGGAAGGCCAGGGAUGCUGGGAAGGCCGGGGAUGCUUGGAAGGCCGGGGAUGCUUGGAAGGCAGAGGAUGAUUGGAAGGCCAGGGAUGCUGGGAAGGCAGAGGAUGCUGGGAAGGCCGGGGAUGCUGGGAAGGCAGAGGAUGCUGGGAAGGCCGGGGAUGCUGGGAAGGCAGAGGAUGCUGGGAAGGCAGAGGAUGCUGGGAAGGCUGGGGAUGCUGGGAAGGCAGAGGAUGCUGGGAAGGCGGAGGAUGCUGAAAAGGCAAACUCUGCAGAAGGAAGCAGCUCAGUGUUGUCGGAGGCGUGAUAGUUGGAGCAUGCGUCCUAUGCUAUGGCUACCGUUAACAUUUUCACGGGCUACACCAUUACCGUAACUUGAGCUGACACUUAAAAUCAUGCAAACCAAAUUGAAAUUUUUACUGGUUAGUUAAACAAAUUUAAACAAGUGCCGCAGUGCGACAGGGCUCAUCUGGUGUCUGGUGUUCUGCUGAUAAAUCAUUUGUGGCAUAG